UUACGGGGAAUACACACUGCCUACAUGUAUAUUAUACACAACACGUUUUGCUUGCCUUAAAAUCAGGUUUUAUUCCUCUGGCUGUCACCAGUGAGUAAGGACGCCAUUUGACAACCCGGAGCUGUGAAACUUAGAAAGUCAAUUUUGUGAAAAUAACCCCGAAGCUGAAGGAGCUGAGGAAAAUCUGAUCACAUCAAGUUUGUUCGGACGUCACUGAAUUUGGACAGUCUAUUUCACCAGUGAGCAAGGACGCCAUUUCACAACCAGGAGUUGUUAAACUGAGAAAGUCAAUUUUAUGAAAAAUAACACUGAAACUGAAGGAGCUGAGGAAAAUCUGAUCACAUCAAGUUUGUUUGGACGUCACUGAAUUUGGACAGUUUGUACACAAAAGAAGACCUCAGGAUCCUCCAGAAGUUACCUCCCUGUACACUUUUAUUUCUCCCACAUCCACAACCAUGGCAACCAAACACAGCAGCCCCAGUCAACAAAUUCCACUCAGGAUCAAAGGCCACACAAAGUGUCCGUACCAUAAGGACAAUGAGGUGGUUCUCCUCUGUCAGGACUGUGGAAUACUGAUCUGCAUCACUUGUUCCAUAACAGCUCACAAAAGACAUAUUGACAGUUUUUGUGAAAUCUCGAAAAUUUCAAAUAAACAAAGAAAUACGCUACUGGACUUUAUGAAUAAAACUGAAAACAUUGAAAUUCCCAAACUCAAAAAUGAAAUCCAAUCGGCAUGGAACACAAUUUCGACAAGUGAAUCUAACUACAAAAAACUCUCUGUAAAUAUAAAAAAACAGCGCGAUCAAUGUAAACUAGAUUUAGAUAAAAUAACUGAGGAUUAUUUAGCAAUAUGUAAGAAGAUGGAGAAGGGGACCACAGACCUCCUUCAGACUCACAUCACAAACCUGGAGGACAAGUUAGACGCUUUAGUGAAACUCUCAUCAGAGUGUAAACAGACCCUCCAGACAGGCACUGCUGUACUUGUUUAUGACUCGUUAUCAGAAAUCCAGGACAUGGACUUAGAUAUCCCACAGACACCUAACAUAGACAUGACAGAGUUAACUCCAGAUAACGACAGACAAAGUCACCUGGAGCAGGCCAUGGGGAAAAUGAAGACUCCUACUGACCAUUUCCAGGCAGGAUCAGCACCUAGUGGUCACUCCAAACAUGGUCCAGUUGUGAGACCUAAACAGUCCAAAGCUACAGAGACGGGUCAAGCCUCCACUGGAUCAGUCCUGUACAAACUCUGUGACAGUCCAACUGUCAUAUCCCAGUUUUCAUACCCAGAUGUUAUUUCAUCAAUCUGUCCUACAUCUAAUGGACGUGCAUGGCUGUGUGAUUGUCACACCAACACAGUAAACCUCAUCAACAACAAAGGUCGACUCAUACUGAAGAUACAAUACAACAGUGACAUUGCUGUCAUCAGUCUGGACCCCACCACAGGCCGUCUGUGGUUCUGUUGUAGAGAUGAGAGGACUAUCUACGAAGUAUCUACAUCAUCUACACCAGUCACAAGGUUUACUACAGAGGGGUACCCAUGCAGUCUGUGUGUGACCAGGGAGGGUCUGGUAGUGGUGGGUACAUCGGGUACACAGGGGUACAAGGUGGUGAUGUACACAGCAGAUGGCCAGGUGUUACACACAUCCACUGUGGAGGGGUCAGGGACGGGGUCAGUACUGUCCAUCUCACAGUGUGGUGUUACAGGUAACAUAGCUAUAGUGAGUAGUAAACUAAUCAGUGGAGACAGUAGUGAUCCAAACAACUACAGGCGUCACAUCACUGUGUACAACCCAACACUCCAGUCCCUGGUCCACUACCAGGGAGAGGGGAUACAGGCACGAGAGGCGAUCACACCAGACAAGUUUGAUCCAGUAACAGUUGUAUAUGACAGUAAGGGUAAUAUUGUUAUUGCUGACUGGACAAGGGGCACAAUAGAACUGAUAAGUGGAGCAGGGAAGUACAUAAAAACGCUUCACACAAACAAAGGAGGACAGGGACAAGUAGGUAUACAGAAGGAUGAUGUGUUGUGGUCAACCUUAAUGUCAGAUACAGGAGAGUCUGGACUCAAACUUCUCAAGUAUUACAGUGACUGAUGAUUGACUAAACUUGGAGUGAUGCUACAGACUAAUUAUACCAAAUAAAUACAAAAAAUACAUUAAUUUUAACAUUGAACAAUAACCUUUGUUAUUAUGAUCUUAUACACUUGAUCAACACUUAUACAGACUAAUAAUAUCAUGUUUGAGGAAUUAAUGUAAACAUGUCACAGGUUUAUUGUUUACAGGUUUUGUAAAUAGUUUCUGUUACAACUUCUGUUUAGAAGUGUUGUUUCAAAAUAAUGUCAUCAUUAAAUUUAACAAACAGCCAUACCAGAACAUCAGGUCCAUUUUUUUUGGUGUGAAAUAUGUUCUUUUCAAUCUUCAAGGAAAAUGUCAUUGAUUUCUAAAACCUGCAAUGAAAUCUGAAAUCAGAGUCUCUGUACUAAUGACUUGUUUUCUAGGUGUAUAACCUGACUUCCCCUAUAUUCUCAAGUAGACUGUUCCAAACACCUGAUCUACCCAUACAUAUUGGGCAUGGACCUUGUGUACAUAUAAAAGGGAAAUCAAAAACAGUAAAUCUGCUAUAAUGAACUACCCAGUAGAGUAUAGGGGUAAACCACUCAAGCGAACAGAAAAAUCACUAAUUGUGUCACUAACACAGUUCCAAUAUACACGUAUUGUCAACAUUCAUUGUUACAAAUCAGCUAUUCCCAAACAUCAGGUCCAUUUGUUUAUGUCUGUAAUAUGCUCUUUUCAAUAUUCAAAAACAAGGUCAUUGAUUUCAAAAACAUGCAAUGAAAUCUGAAAUCAGCGUCUCUGACUAUAUGGUCAUACUAUCGGAAACACCAGAAGACUUGCAGAAAAUGUUAGAUUCACUAGCAGAUUACUGUAGAAAAUGGAGCUUAACUUUAAAUGUAGAUAAAACAAAAAUAGUUAUCUUUAGAAAUGGAGGUUGACUAAGAGCAAAAAUGGUUUUAUAAUAAUGAUGCGAUUGAAGUAGUUGAUGAGUUUAAUUAUCUUGGUCUCACUUUAAAUUAUAAUGGAAAAUUUACAAAAACACAAAAAAACCUUGCAGAACAAGGUCGAAAGCACUAUUUGCCAUAAAUAAUGUACGUAAUAAGAAUUAUUUUAAUAUAGAAUCUCGUCUUGCUGUUUUUGACACGUUUGUGAAUAGUAUUUUAAUUUACGGUUCAGAAAUUUGGGGAUUUCAUAAAGCACCCGAAAUAGAAAAAUUGCAUAUUGGAUUUUUGAAAUCAUUAUUAGGAUUAAGAAAAUCUACAAACUCUGCAUUUCUUUAUAUUGAAUUUGGAAGAUCUCAUUUAGAGCUGUUAAGAAAAGUUAAAAUUUUAAGUAUUGGAUUAAAUUACAACGUUCUGAUAAUUGUGUGCUGAAAUUAAGCUUGUUAUGUUGAUAUGGUUGAAAAUAAAGACCCCUGGAUCCUUAACUUAAAACAUGAUCUUUCAAGAGUCGGCCUUGGAUACAUGUUUGUGACUGAUAGUAUUUAUCAUUCUAGUGAAGUAUAUAAGCAGCGAUUAUGUGAUAGUUUUCAGCAAGAUUGUCUAGAGAAAGUUCAUUCUUCUUCAAAAGGAGUAUUAUAUCAGCAUUUAGAGGAAAGUAUUAAAUUGCAACCAUAUCUUCAUAAGGCAAUUAAUUUUAAUUAUUUAAAACAUAUUUCUAAGAUACGUUUAUGUGCGCAUGACCUGUCUAUUGAACGUGGCCGUUACAGAGAUAUACCUAGAGAAGAAAGAAAAUGUAUUUAUGUAAUGAAAAUGAUAUAGAAGAUGAACUUCAUUUUAUAAUUAAAUGUUAUCGCUAUUCAGACCUCCGGUCUAAAUACAUAAAGAAAUAUUAUUUCAAAAGGCCUAGUAUGUAUAAAUUUGGUCAAUUACUCAAAAUCGAAAACACAAAAGAACUUAAUAAUUUAGGAAAGUAUUUAUCACUAGCAAUAAACGUAGAGCAGAUUUAUUAAGAGGUCAUCAAUAGAACAGGUCAUGUUAAGAUACAUGUUGUACAUCAGUUUAUUGUAUACAAAUUAUGUAAUAUACCAUUAUAUUGAUAAGUCUUGUAUGGGUGAAUGAGGGUGAAGAAUUGUUCUGGCGUGUGUAUGAAUGUGAGUAUGAUGAAUGACGAAUGAUUGAUGAUGAUGAUGAUGAUGUAAUGAUGUGAUGAUGAUGAUGAUG